AGGUCAGAUGGCUCAGGGAGGAGUUCAGCUGGACCGGGAAACCUUCUCUUGUUCCAUCUGUCUGGAUCUACUGAAGGAUCCGGUGACUACUCCCUGUGGACACAGCUACUGCAUGAACUGUAUUAAAAGCCACUGGGAUGUAGAGGACCGUAAGUACAGCUACAGCUGUCCUCAGUGCAGGAAGACGUUCACACCGAGGCCUGUCCUGCUAAAAAGCACCAUGUUAGCAGAUUUAGUGGAGGAGCUGAAGAAGACUGGACUCCAAGCUGCUCCUGCUGAUCACUGCUAUGCUGGAGCUGAAGAUGUGGCCUGUGAUGUCUGCACCGGGAGAAAAGUCAAAGCACACAAGUCCUGUCUGAUCUGUCUUGUCUCUUACUGUGAGAAACACCUUCAGCCUCAUUAUGAUGUAGCUCAGUUAAAGAAACACAAGCUGGUGGAGCCGUCCAAGAAGCUCCAGGAGAACGUCUGCUCUCGUCAUGAUGAGGUGAUGAAGAUUUUCUGUCGUACUGAUCAGCAGCUUAUCUGUUCUCUCUGCACUGUGGAGGAACAUAAAGGCCACGACACAGUCUCAGCUGCAGCAGAGAGAGCUGAGAGGCAGAAAGAGCUCAAGGGGAGUCGACAAAAAGAUGUGAAGCUGCUUCAACAGCAGGUGAAGGCCAUCAAUCUCUCUGCUGAUAAAACAGUGUCCUUCAGCAAGAAGAACUUCACUGAGCUGAUCCGUCUCCUGGAGAAAAGAAGCUCUGAUAGUCCAAAAUCCCGUCUCAGGUCCUAA